GAUCAGACGGACACGAUUCCUGAGACGCUCAGGACAGGUGUUUCUAAUCUCGAUUUAUCAUCAGGUUUUCGCAAGUUCUAACACAGUGAAGUGCAGUGCGCUUGUGCAUUUAGCUUCCGGCCAACUUAACCAGUGCUUCGAAAUUUACGUCGUUCAAUAAUUCUUCAAGAUGGGCUCGAGAUUGGUGUGCGUCACAGCGAUAAUAACAGUGUUCACAAUCGGUUAUGACCCAGUUUCAGCUGCUAAACUUGAAGCACAGAAUGUAAAGGCUAAGAAGUCACCCACAGGAGGAUAUAGGACCAUUCUCGAUGCCCAGGAGAGCGUUGCCAAAGAACAAUUCACACAUGAUCAAUUCUCGCCCAGAGGGCGCUCAUUCGUUAACUAUGGGGCGACAAGCUCAGUUCAUGCUUCCCUGCCAGAUGGUAAAACAGCUGAAGAUACUAAAGCACCGCUCUCCCUUCAGAUACAGGACCACUCACCCUGGAGACCGAUUGCAUCUGAGAGUACCGCUUCUCAUCGAAUCCAUAAAACGACAUUUUCAAAAGGAUUUAAAUUCCACUCAUUUGCCGAUCAAAAGCACGUGUCGGGCGAGCCGCUACCAGCGGGGAGAGGCUCGAUCGGCAAUGCAGACUCGUACGCUGGUACGGCCUCGGUUGCCCCCGAGCAGGUGAGCCAUUUCCUCGUACCGUCCAGCUAUCAUCAGCAAAGACAACGGACUCCGCGUUACGAACGCGUACAGGAUGAGCCGCACGAGAUAAAUCGUCGUCCGCAGGAAGAAUAUCAACGAAAUCUGAAUAGUCCUGAAAAACCUGAUCAUCUUCAACAUGUUGCUUAUCAGUCAACCCAUCAAUCUUCGCACCAGCAGUCGCCUCAGAGUGCUGAGCAGGAUGUUUUUAAAAACGCGGAAAAAGCGACAGUAAACGCUCAUUCAAUAAAGCAAUACCAAACGCGUCAGCAUAAUCUGCCGCUGAUGGAUUCGGGUGCACCCCAGCAUCAGCAGACGCAGUACUACCAAGCAAGGCAACAAUAUCACCAUCAGCAACAACCGAUUGGACAUGAACAGGUCCAGUACGUGUAUGCAGAUGAACAGCAAGGUGCUCGCAACACAAAAGGGGCUGCUUCGACCGAGCAAGCCGGCUCAGGCCGACAUACGCCAUUUCCAACGCAUCUAGGACAACAACACCCCCAGCAACAUGGAUAUACUUACGGCGAAACUGCCCACUACACCUCGCAGAAUGCCCAGCAGCAUUCGACAGGAAAGGAGGAAGAAGAAGAGCCAUCGGAUGAUGUUCUCCUUGCACAUAUUCCCUUACCGAAAUCGAAGAUUGCAGUUGAGAUGGACGACACGGACGAUGGACGCUUGCAGCGUCAGUCUGAUGGUCCAAACACAAUUCCUGACGAAAAAUCACAGCAUUCCACGCAAAAUGCGGGGCCCAUUUACCGGGUAAUUAACCCGGCGGAUAAUAGGGAGAUAUCAGUGGGAACUGAUGCCCAGUCGCUGGAAUACGACUUCAAGCAGCAUUUUAGGCAGAGCCAUGCUAAGCGUCACGACGGUCGGUCUAGUGUUGAAGCUUCCGCUUACCGCGGUGCAACACUUCCACGGAGCCAAAACUUGCGCAAGGAGCGCCAUUUCACAGUUAGGGCCAGCGCUGUAACACCCCGAGAGGAUCAUACGUUAUACUCGAAGACACAGGCUUACAUUAUACCACAACAACACGCGCUUCAUCAAACGGACCUUCAAACACCGGCCGGGUUUCAAGCAUCCUUCCGGAAAGCGACACUACAGCAGUCUACUGAUUCCUCAAAAUCGUUUCCCUACAUUCCCGUCAUGAUAGCGUAUGACGGUCGGCCACAUAACCAUAUGUCUGAAGCCACUGCGUUGAUUGCUCAAGACACAAUUGAUAAACAAUUGCAGCACAGACUGUCGAAUAUGCCUUCGAUUGUGUCCCACCAUAUGGAGUAUUUGAAUGGGUUUCCCUUAACUGAUCAAGCAGUGACACGAAUUCCGAGCCUUACUCGUGACAUCCAAACCUACAUCAAGAAAAAAUCUGCCUAAGGACAAUCCAGCCGCCGCCAUAUUGGUCAGACAAAGUAUAAAGAGCAUUCAGAGUUCAACAAGGUGGCGCCUAAAUGGCGUCAUCGACAUCGUAUUCUGUAACGUCCACCAAGCUGCUUGAGGGUGUCCCUAAUUAUGAUGUCCUAUACAAUAUUCAUAUCAGCAUGAGGCUCAUUCUGAUCAGCGUGACGUCGGACGUGGGCAUCAUUUUGCCCAACGAGAUUAAUUGGAAAAAAAGCCGUGUUUAUUCAAUAAGAAGUAUUAAUUCAGUCCCUCAACAAGAAGACAAGAGGGCUUGUUUCCAUAAAUCAAAUGUGUUAUGUUCGUAUGAAUACAACUUUUUUCUUUCAUGGCCACUUGUAGCCAUUAAUAAUUAAUUUACCUACGUGCCUGCAUGUGGAGUCAUUGGCAGACGAUACAUAUAAAGUAGACGAGCCUUUUACGAUUAUAUGGCACGAAGCACAUUAGAAAAAUAGAUUUGACUAAUCAGCCAUUGCGGCAACGCAUAAUCGCUGCAUUACAGCAUAAACCUAAGGGGAUUAGCAAAAGAAAAAAAAGAAGAAAAGUGUGGCAAACUUGCUAGCAAUGAAAAUUGUUACGGCGUCUUCUCGAAAUGGGUGAUCAAAGGUCAUGUUAUUGACGUACACGGAGAAAAGAAUACUUGAAAGUGCAUUAUUCCCCAACAUGAAUUUAGUUGGGAAACCAGUUAAAAUGCUCCAUACGUAGAAAUAAUAGCGAGGCUGUAAAUAGAACGAGGUACACUUUACCUAAUAAUAUAUUUUGUGUUUGGAUGAUAAGAUACGUGUGUAAGUCUAGACAUAACACGCGUGUGCGGAAUACCUGCUGGGCAAUAUUGGCAGAAUGUGUUUGUUGCAAAAUUAUGCUAAAAAUUUAAUAACUUGCACUAAUUAAGAGAAGUUGAUAUCACCUGAAGUCACUCAUUAAUGUUCUACAGAUCUGUAAAUCUACGAAAGCGCAAUGAAUAUUGUAUCGGAUCGAAAUUCGGCGCUACCAAUGGACAAAACGUUUAUGAACGACAGGUAGAUCUCCACACAGUUGUGUUUGUUUCUACGUGUAAAGUGCCCGUUCGUUCUGCUGUAGCACAGAGACGCGUGCUUUGGGAUGCGCAGUGUUGUAUUGUGUUUUAACUCUGUAAUUAUACCAAAGCUAUAUUAAUACUAAUUUUGAAAAAAUGUUGUAGUGGCUUGCAUCGGUAGCAUUGUUUAUUGAUUUAUGUUAUUUUGAAUUUCGCUGCUAGUUACCAAAUCCCCAUAUCAUUCCAAAUAUCAUAAGAAGUUAAAUAAAGCGUUUUUUUUUUUUACAUUUUUGCAUUAAUCGAAUUUCACAUUUGCAUUCAUUAAUGUCCCUAUGGUAUCUGAUGUGAGGUUUAAUCCGAAUCGUUAGAAGAUACGGGGGUUUUUGAUCUUCUUCAAAUUAAAUGCAAAAAAGUUAAC